UGCUCUCCUUACAGCAACAAUAGCCUGGAUAUGGCAGCUGCCUUGCAGGUGCAGUGCGAGCCGUGGGCUGAGAGGAGGCAGCCAUGGAGGCCCUGGAUUUGGAGGCAGACCGUCCAUAUGUCCCCCAGGGGACUCUGGAAACUGAUUUCCCCACCCCCUUGUACAGUGACCAGUACCUGACACUGCGAGGGCCCCGCAAUGCCCCCAUCCUGAAGCAGGCCGUGCGCUGGUCAUGCACCCCCAUGGGCUGGGAUGCCCGCGGGCAGACCUGGUACACAGGGCUGACGAAUAGCGACAACCGAGAUGCCUGGUACACACUCACCAGCCCUGUCAGCCAGGAGGCCUACCUCCGCUGGGCCCAGGCCCAUGCCAAGCGGGAGCAGAAAACCCUGCCCCCUGCCUAUGCCCAGCACCUGCGAGAGGUGGCAUGGUACGACCCCAUUGUACCUGCUCAGUACCUGGAGCCCAGCACGCGGUGGGGGGCCUUCCGCUGGAGAGACAAGCCCAUCCUGGGCAAGGAGUAUGUUGUCAACCGCAACCGCUGCACCAGCGAACUGAAGGGCAAGGCCGGCUACGUCCCCUACCUGUCUACCCACACCCCCCGGUUCACCACCAGGGACAUCCGCACCUGGAGCCUGUUCAGCCACCAGCCGUCCACCAGCCAGUAAAUGCUGCACUGCA